GGACCUUCAGACUUGGCGGAGACUGAGAGGAGACCCAGAGACCAGGGAGGCCGAGGAUGAACCUCACACACAACAACUCGCUGAUGCCAGACUACUCACACUACGACAACUUAGACUUGGAUGAGCCGGUGGAUGGCCCGCGCCCCCUGCCCAGGCUGAAGGUUCCUGAAGUGCUGGCUCUGGUGGUCUUCACUGUGGUUUUCCUGGUGGGCAUCCCAGGCAACGCGCUGGUGCUGUGGGUGACCAGCUCAGAGGCCAGGCGCGCCAUCAACGCCAUCUGGUUCCUCAAUCUGGCGGUGGCUGACCUUCUCUCCUGCCUGGCGCUACCCAUCCUGGUCACGUCCACCGCCAUGCAUGGCCACUGGCCCUUCAGUGACCUGCUCUGCCGUGUCCUGCCCUCUCUCAUCCUCUUCAACCUCUACGCCAGCAUCCUGCUCCUGGCGACCAUCAGCGCGGACCGCUUCCUCAUUGUCUUCUACCCCAUCUGGUGCCAGAAUUACCGAGUGGCCUGGCUGGCGUGGAUGGCCUGUGCCGUGGCCUGGGGGCUGGCACUGGGACUCUCUGUCCCCUCCUUCAUGUUCCGCUCCUUGUACAAGGACUCCUUCUCCGACAAGGCCUCCUGCGGGGUGGACUAUGGCAAAGGGCGUGACACGGUGGCAUAUUACGUGACCCUCAUGCGGCUGGUCUUGGGCUUCCUGGGGCCACUGGCCACGCUGAGCAUCUGUUAUUCCUUCCUUCUGUACCGGACCUGGAGCCGCCCGGCUACGCGCUCCACCAAGACCCUCAAAGUGGUGGUGGCCGUGGUCGCCAGCUUUUUUAUUCUCUGGCUACCUUACCAGGUGUCGGGCAUGAUUCUGGUCUUGUACCCCAAGGAUUCAACCCCCUACAAUGCCGCCAAGGCUGUAGAUGGCCUAUGUGUGGCCGUGGCUUAUAUCAACUGUUGCAUCAACCCCAUCAUCUAUGUGGUGGCUGCCCGGGGCCUCCACACGCGGGUCUUGAAGUCCCUGCCCUCCCGGCUCCACCAGCUGCUGACAGAUGAGUCUGGGGGCAGGGAAAGCAAGACCCACUCGCUCUCCACAAUGGAUACCCUGGCCCAGAAGAGCCAGGCAGUGUGAGUCCCCCGCUCCCCAGCCCCCAGAGUUCACCUCUCCUCAUGCUCAGCUUCUGCCUGGGACAGUUUGGCCACUGACUUCUUCUUUUUCUUCUUCCUUUUUUUUUUGUUUUGUUUUGUUUCUUGUUUGGGGGCCACGCCCAGAGAUGCUCAGGGGUUACCCCUGGCUCUGUACUCAGGGAUUACCCCUGGUGGUGCUCAGGGGACCCUAUAGGAUGCCGGGGAUUGAGUCCAGGUCAGCUGCAUGCAAGGCCAAUGCCCUUGCUGCUGAAUGAUUGCUUCAGCCCCUGGCUUCUUUUUGUUCAAAAUAGUUUGGUUCAGGAAGAUGAGGAGGUGCAUAUCUCAGAUCCUCCAGCACGAGACAGCUUCUUUCUUUUUCAUUUUUGUUUUUCUUUGGGGGGGGGGAACCUAGUGGUACUCAGGGGCAACUCCCGGUGCAGUGCUCAAGAAGAGUUGGGAGGGAGGGGAAUUGGACCUGUGUUCCAUCCUUUAGGAAAUUAGGCUGAAGGGGGCAUGCUGAAUCCUACAGGGAAAGGGGUAUGGGGCACUUAAACUUUCUGCAUUAAAAACUUUCUUCAUUAAAUAUAUAUGUAUAUAUGUAUAUAUAGCACUGUCCUCCCAUUGUUCAUCAAUUUGCUCAAGCAGGCCCAGAAACAUCUCCAUUGUGAGACUUGUUGUAACUGUGUUUGGCAUAUCAAAUAUGUCACGGUAGCUUGCCAGGCUUUGCUGUGUGGGCGAGAUACUCUCGGCAGCUUGCUGGGCUCUCCGAGAGGGUUGGAGGACUUGAACUCAGGUUGGCCUGGUCAGCUUUGUGCAAGGCAAAUGCCCUACCCACUGUGCUAUCACUCCAGCAUAUAUAUUUUGCCACACCUAGCAGUUCUCAGAGCUCUGUGCUCAGGAAUCAUUCCUGGUAGGACUCCAGGGCUAUAUGUCAUGAGGGAUUGAACCCAGGUUGGUUGCCUGCAAGGCAAAUGCCCUACCCACUGUACUAUCACUGUCCUCCCAAUUUCUUUGAAAAAAAAAUUUUUUUUUGGUUUUUGGGUCACACUCAGGGGUUACUCCUGGCUCUUCACUCAGGAAUUACUCCUGGCAGUGCUCAGGGAACCAUAUGGGAUGCUGGGAAUCAAACCCUGGUCAGCUAUGUGCAAGGCAAACGCCCUACCCGCUGUGCUAUCACUCCAGCCCCUCUUUGAAGUUUAUAAACAAACAAGUAAGAAUAUCUUUUAUGGCAUCCCUGUGCCCACCCCGAGUCCCCUUCAUGACCACCUCUUUUUGUUGUGGCUGUUUUUGGGUUUUGGGGUCACACCCAGUAAUACUCAGGACUUACUCCUGGUUCUAUACUAAGGAAUUACUCCUGGUGGUGCUUGAGGGACCAUAUGGUCCCGGGGAUUAGACUCAAGUUGAUUGCAUGCAAAGCAAGUGUCCUCCCCGCUGGACUGUCCCUCUGGGUCCCUGUUGUGAAAUGACAUUGAGCUCUGGGCUCUGGAUGUUGGUAUCAGUGAGCAGAGAGAUAGGGCAACCCUGCCUGUCACCAUCAGACGGCCCAUGGCACUCCCUCCCUCCCUGCACCCCCCUCCGCCUUCCCAGCCUGCUCCCUCACCCAUUCAUGCAAUCUUGUUUUUUCUAGAAUGUUCAGGGUGGGGGAGAUUUGCAGGGUGCAGAUGGAAAAGGAAUGGGGGGAGGCGAUGGGGAGCAUGGUGGGUUCACCUUUUGACUU